GCUAGUAGCACACGACCAUUAUCUGGAUUUUUUUAUGCUUUUUUUCUGGGAUUAACAAACUCAAAGCAAUGGUAAGAUAAAUAGUAGAAAAUGGGCAUCACAGACAAACACGCUGUCAUGGAUGAAGCUGCAAACUGGCCUGCUGGGAAACAUUUCCAUAAAAUGAACCACCAUAGGACGAGAAGAAGUCAUUCUCCAUCUCGAGAGGUUUCUCCAGUACCAUCAUACUUCUCGGAACCGGUUUCACUCCGAAAGCGUAAGGAUGUAACUGGCAGACUGCCUCGUCUAAUUAAAGGAGCUCAUCAGGACGAAGAUGAUGAUGACGACAUCCAGAGUUUAAAAAGCCUGCCCACGGUGAUGAACACAUUAACGUCUGACCCUAAGAUUAACAGGUCACGCGCAGGACGCCAAGGACACGGCAUCUCUGAUCUGAGCCUUCCGUUUCUCGUCACAUCCAAAUGCACUCUGGUUGUGAAAGGUACUGCAUGUGCUCGCGCUGAAGGGCUUCUGCCUGCCAUCAGUUCCACGACUCUGGAGAGGCCACCAUGCAGAGCAGGAUACAGGCAAGACAAAGCAGAAAUGGGUUCAACUCAGCAUCCUCGCCCAGUCCGGCAUCCUCAUAGUGAGAGCUGUCUUCCUGAAAAGACAUGGAAUAUAAAAUCAAGCUACAACCCCCUGCACUCAUCCUCCACUAACAAAAUGCCCCUGGGUCCCCGAAUCACAUUCCAGAGUCCAGUGGUACAGGGCAUGUACCCCAUCACUCCUGACUUGAUGAAAGACAGCAGACAUAAUGUGCAGGUGUGUCAGCCUGUGAGGCCUGUGCUGAAGAGAGCACAGGUGCUGAACAGAGGAGCUCUUCACUGUCUUAUAGAAGAAAGCUUCCUCCCCUGCUCAAACAAUCCACAUUUGCUUGAACCAUUUUCAGGCUUUGAGGAGCACCUUUGUCAUCAGCUCCUUAACUCCCCCUUGCCUUACCGUGCCGCUCUGCCACAUAUCAACUCCGAUCACCUGUUACAGCUAGAAACCGUGCUACCUGUGCCGCAGGGGUUAGGCAGUUCCCUGAUGCAGCGCACAGUGGAGCUCUGCAACCCACAAGGGAAACAAGUUCCGAGCAUCACCAUGACUCGUCCCACACCUUCCCCAAAACACCUCCACAACACUGAGAACAGGCAUGUAGCUUGAGAGCAAGGUUAUGAUUGGAAAACAUUGGCUUCUUUUUCAGCCAAGUGGACUUUCACACACCACAUCCCCCUCCGAAAUUAAUAAAACAGCGAAGAUUUUUCUUUUUUUGUUGUUGUUGCUUGUGGUAAAAGAUGAAAAAGUGAAUAAAAGAAGACAGAUCAAAGUUUCAACUUUGAUGAAAUAUCUAAAGAAACAGCAUCAUGAAGAUAAAGCUUAACGAAUAAAUGCAAAAAUAUCCACAGCCUGGCCGAAAAAAAAGUCACACAUUUCAUUCAAGAUUUCAUUGCUGGUCUUUGGAUUUGAU